UGACAAAUGUCUAGGAAUAGAACUCUUAAAAUAAAGGAGAUGUUAAUUGUAACUGGUUUCUAAAGUAGAUAUCUUUAGACACAAGUCAUACAUCUGUCCAGUAAGGGAAACAAAAUUUCAUUUGCAAAACCUACAUGAUCUUAGUAGAGUUUCAUGGAAACAGCUGGAGCUACCAGGUCAUGUUUUUAGAUCAUUCUCCCCAGGGUACAAGGGUAAUUAUUAUCAGGAUGGUAAUGGUGGUCUAAUGGCUAUACCUACCGAGUGUACUCUCCUAAUUUUGCCUUUAUAGAUCUCCAUCCUUUAUCCAGAGCAGAACAGGAUGGCCAUGUCCCAGGAAUCAUUGACUUUCAAGGACGUGUUUGUGGACUUCACCCUGGAGGAGUGGCAGCAACUGGACUCUGCCCAGAAGAACCUCUACAGGGAUGUCAUGCUUGAGAACUACAGCCACCUGGUGUCCGUGGGGUAUCUAGUUGCAAAGCCAGAUGUGAUCUUCAGGUUGGGACCAGGAGAAGAGUCCUGGAUGGCAGAUGGAGGGACCCCGGUACGGACCUGUGCAGGUGAGGACAGGCCAGGUGAGUCAGGCCGGGGAAAGGAGACCAGGUUGGUUGGUGACAGCUUGGCCUCUGGGAUGCGCUCAGGAGCCCUUCUGAGAGCCCCGGACUUGUGGACAUGCCUAGGCUCUGAUGAGUGGAACUGUUGUCACGUCCAAAUGAGGCCUCUCCCUGGCCGCCGGUUACAGUCUCUGUGUUCUUUGCUUGGCGUUCACAUAGAUUGUGGCCACUCUUGUUCUGAGAUCCCAUUUGUACCUUCCAGCCUCCUGGCUUGUUAGUGAGAAGUGCCAAGCCUCUUCUCCUUCCUCUCCCACCACCUUUCUGGAAGCUUUUAGACUUAUUCUCCCACCUUCUUGGCCUUUUGUAUUUUCACCAUAGUAGAUGUAUUAAUAGAUGUCAGCAUUUCCUCUUUAUUGGGCAUACUGUGGGCCCUUUCAGGCUGAAAUUUGGAUUUUUGUUUGUUUGUUUGUUGUUUUUGUUUUUUAGCCUAAGGUAGAUUAUCAUACCUGUUUUUUUUUUUUUUUUUUUUUGGGGGGGGGGAGUCAGUAUGGACACCAAAGCUUUGCCAGUGACCUUUACCCAGCCAGGUACCCACCACGUUCUUGCCUGCUCUCACUUUGUGGUUAACACUGUAAACCUCACACCAUUUUCUGUUUUCUCUACUUAUUUCUUCUCAGACUGUUACAAAUCUGACUUCAUACUACUUGUUAUCAGAUUCCUCCAUUUUUCAAUACAUCCUUCCCACUCAACUCUUGUUUUUGUUACUAUCUCUUUACUUAUUCAAAAAAUAAACACACUCGAGAGGACAUUACUCCGAAGGUGGAAUACUUCAGUGAAUCAUAUUUUAGUCCUGCAUAGAGCUGCUUUUUCCGUGUCUAUUUUUCCUGUGGGCUGCCUACAAGGAUCCAGAAACUCUUCUGAUACACUGGUCUGCUCUUUCUCUCCCCUUCAUAGUACCCCCUUCACUGGGCCCAUGGCAAAGAAGCCUGUUUAGAAUGCUGUUACUCUUCAGAGGGUGAUCCAUGAACCAGCAGCCUGGGCAUUGUUGGGGCACUAAGUAGAAAAUCAGAAUCUGAGGCCCUACUCUAGAUUUUCUGAAGGAGAAUGUGCAUUUCAACAAGCUCCCCAGGGACCCCAUAGACACAGUAAAGCUUGAGAAUCACUGCUCAUUAGAGAUUAAUUUCAGAGCAUCAGCUGUAGUCAGGUGCUGGCCCCAAGGACUCCUCAGAUGGCUUCCUCCAGAACCCACUCCUCAGCACACACACCUGUUCUCAGAGAUCCUCCCUGUGCUGGCAUUUGUGGCUCCCACCAUUCUGUAGCUUCCUCCAGGAAUGUUUUGGGUGAUGAUAACCUCUUUGUUGCUCAGUGUAAUUCCAUAUCUGCUGCUUAGAGAUUCAUCAGGAUUUCUGGUGUGCUGAUGGUAUGCUUCCUUUCUUCCAGUGAUGCCUGGAAUUGUAAUGACUAUGUGUCUUGUUCUCAUUUCAGUGCUAUCCUAGAAGGGAGGAAAAGCAAAUUCAGGCACAGUCUACCCUCCUGAGUCCCAAUUCCCUCAUAAGAAAAUCUAUUAUAUUAAAAUACAGACAUUUAUAUAUUCAGUCUAAGAGUGCAGAACAGUAUAGGCUAAAAAGUAAUCUUAGGUGCAUUCCCAAUCACACCCCCCAAGGGCAGCUACUUCUAAAGAUUUCUCUUUUUGGUUCUGGUGAGCACCUCCAUAGGUUUAGGGAAUACCUUUAUAUCUGCAUUUUAUGGGUUUUCAGUUUUAUCUUCCCUCUAUGAAAAGUAAGGAUUUCCCUCACACUUUGGCCUUCCACUCCCCAGCUCUUCACAAGUUUGUUAUAUGCUUAUUUUUAGUUCCUUUAUUGGUUAUAUUUGUAACUUUAAAUAAUAUAGCUAUGCAUUUCAUAUGGUAACUUUAAAAAAAAUAUAGCUAAUUGCUAGUGGCUUAU